AAGAAAGAGAGAGAGAGAGAGAGAGAGAGAGAGAGAGAGAGGUAGGUAGAUUGAGAAGAGCAGAGCAGGUAACAUCCAUCGUCCAUGUUCCUCUAUCUCUCCUCUCCAUUGAGAAGAAUCCUAGUAAAGCACGUGAAACUAUUCGUUAACACUUAUAAUUCAGCAACUACUGUUACAAAACUACUUUACGAACCCCUCAAUUAAGCUGACUUCACUCUCUGCCUCUGUCUCUCUCGUCUUUUUUGUGGGGGAGGCCAAUCUGUUUCUGCUGCUGCAUCAUAUCCAUCUGCAUAGGAAAUGUGUCUCCAUUCAGAUCUUCUCUCACAAAUCACAGCAAUGGCAUGAAGCUGUUGCUGUCUAGAUCUUUAGACUGGGUAGUAGAUACAGAGCUGUUUUUAGACUGGCUCAUUUGAAGACAAUUGACUGAGUAAAGAUCUAGACAAAACUAAAGGUGAAGUAUGAGGAUGAUGACGUUUCCAAACCGUUACUUGAUUGUCAUUUUAACCUUCAUCAGCACAUCUGUUUGCUAUAUAGAACGUGUGGGCUUCUCUAUUGCAUAUACAAUUGCUGCUGAUGCUGCUGGGGUAAACCAAUCAACUAAAGGAACUGUACUGGCUUCAUUCUAUUGUGGAUAUGCAUGUUCUCAGGUGCCUGGUGGAUGGGCAGCUCAGAAAAUUGGGGGAAGGAAGGUCCUCCUCAUUUCUUUUGUGUUAUGGUCAUUGACUUGUGCAUUAGUCCCACUAGACCCUGAUCGAGUUACAGUUUUAGUGAUUGCUCGCUUGCUUGUUGGUGUGGCACAAGGCUUCAUCUUCCCCUCCAUCCACACAGUGCUAGCACAGUGGGUUCCACCCCAUGAAAGAUCUAGAUCUGUUUCUCUAACUAUGUCUGGUAUGUACCUUGGUGCAGCUACUGGAAUGCUUUUCCUUCCAAGCUUGGUAAAGUAUAGGGGACCCCAAUCUGUAUUUCUUGUUGAGGCAGCAUUAGGUGCCAUGUGGUGCAUGCUUUGGUUCAAGUAUGCUAGUGACCCUCCUCGUUCUGAACAUCCAAAAGCCACUGCCUCUGGUUUUGGUGAAUCUUUGUUGCCAGUUAAAGGAAGCCAGAAAAUGAAAGUGGAGAAUGGAGGAAUUUCUGCCAAAACUGCCAACAUACCAUGGAAAAAAAUUUUACUCAGCUUGCCAGUUUGGGCAAUUGUGGUAAAUAAUUUCACCUUCCAUUAUGGUUUGUACGUGUUGAUGAACUGGCUACCAACAUACUUUGAGAAAGGGCUGCAGCUUAGUCUUCAGGAGAUGGGGUCAUCUAAAAUGAUGCCUUAUUUUAACAUGUUUAUAUUUUCAAAUAUUGGCGGGGUAGUUGCUGACCACUUAAUCACCAAGAGAAUCUUGUCUGUGACGAGAAUCAGGAAGUUGUUGAACACUGUAGGGUUCCUCGUUGCAUCUCUUGCAUUCAUAUUACUUCCUCUCUUCAGAACUUCCAGUGGGGCUGUGUUUUGUUCUUCUGUAGCUCUUGGUUUCUUGGCACUAGGAAGAGCUGGGUUUGCAGUGAACCACAUGGAUAUUGCUCCGAGAUAUGCAGGGAUUGUUAUGGGAGUUUCUAAUACUGCUGGUACCUUUGCUGGCAUUAUUGGAGUUCGUUUCACUGGCUGGCUUCUUGAAUGUGCGAAAACUGCCAAUCCAGAUCUUUCAAGUCCAGAGAGCUGGAAAUUAGUGUUUUACAUACCAGGGUUUCAAUGCAUCUUUAGUUGUCUGGUGUUUCUAUUGUUUUCCACUGCGGAGAGAAUUUUUGACUGAGUUAAUCUUGUUCCAUGUCAAGAUCACUCUGUCACGGUUGAGAUUCAAUUUACAAUUAUCUGCUGAUUAGCCUUUUGAGGGUUGUCAAGCGUAUCAUUCUUUUGCAGGAAGGGUGUGUAAGAUUACCAACAGUCUAAAAGAAUUUAAAUGGUAGUGUAGCCACAGGAUAGAUAGAUAUUGAAAAAUAUUCUUUAAUUUUCAUUGUGAAGAAUCUGUAACUUAUUCGCUUGUUUUUUCAAUCAUUAUGCAAUAAUCCAGCAAAUUUUCAUUUGGCUCAUGAAACA